AUGCCUAGAUGUUUUUUGAGGUCCGUGAAACCAUUUCAGUUUUGUUUCACAAAUGAAUACGGAAAUAAUUACGUUGAAAAUGAACUCAAACCAGGACGAACACCAAAGUUUAUACUCAAGAAGCAAAAGACACUGUUGAAAAAUAAUGAAACAAUUUAUCACGACAAGGUACCGAUUUCUACUCGAUUUUACCUCCAACUCCUUAAAAAGAGUCAAUUUCUCCAAACAUUCGUCGAAACUGAAAUCUACGAUUACGCGUCGGAAAGCGAGAAAGCAAUAAAUUCCCCAGAAACAAAGAAAAACACAUUUCAGCAUAAAAAAGAUUUUGAUAAAUCCACAUAUAACUUACGUUCCAGCGGGGCUAAAUCGGAACGCAAAGUAUUUACGGAGAGAACACUCGCACAAAGAAAAAUAAAAAGAAUACCCACCUAUACUGGAACGCAAUUUUCUGAUGAACGCAAUGAUGUGUCCACCGAGCCGAAGAUCACUGAAGUGGGCAAAAGGAAAAAAUUUAAAAAGGAACCUUUGGCGCCAAUCAUUGAAGAAAUCAAGAACAGGGAAUUUAUGAAAAGCGCGAACCGAGGCGGCUCGGAGAUUGAUAAAAUUGCAGAGAAAUUGAAAAAUUUAGUGAAAACAAAUGCUGAAGAAAACCUCAACAAGGAACUUUUAUAUUGCAAGGAGUCGUUUGAUGAGAAGAAUUUGGAAACAGCUUGUGAUUUGAAAGAAAACGUUGAAGUGGAAAUAAAUGAUAAGGAUAAAGUUAAAGUAAUCGAAGACGGACUACCGAUCCAAACGAAGCUCGUCGAAUGGACCGAAAGACGUGAACGAAUAAGUCACAUUUGCUCAUACUGCGGUAAAGGCUUCGAUCGACCCUGGGUGUUGAAAGGUCACCUGCGCUUGCACACGGGCGAGAGACCCUUCCCCUGUCCAUAUCCAAGCUGCGGCAGGACAUUCUCCGACAGGUCUAACCUCCGCGCCCAUCAGCGUACUCGCGGUCACCAUUCGUGGCAGUGGCGCUGUUCAGAGUGCGGUAAGGCUUUCAGCCAGCGCCGCUACUUGGAACGUCACCGUGAGGACGCCUGUCGCAAGUAUAAAAUGCACUCACGGACCGCGUCCAAAUGCAACAAUGCCCACACUGUUAAAACGGAUCUUAGUGAUGUGGGCAAUAUUGCUAUACCUGUGCCGCUGUACGGCAUGAUAUGCCAUAACCGAAGCCACCAGCCCAGAUGCAGUCCCGACGAGUUUGUGAAAGUUAUUGGGAACAGGGGACAUUAUCCUGUGCAGUGUGAUGAACCCAUAGAUUUAUCUAUUGGAAAAAGGAAGGAGAACACGAGAGAACAGAUAAUUCUUCAUUAA